GCUAUUAGUCGCUCAAGCUUUGCAAGGAUUUCCUUCAUCUUAUCGUACCUUCGUGUCUGGAUUAAAUGUUACUGGCUCACUUCCUUCUUUCAUUGUAUUACGACCACUACUUCUCACUGAAGAAGCUCACAUUAAUGCAAAUGCUUCUGAAGAGUCAAAUGCUCAAACUGUUUUGCUUGCGUCAACUCAAGCGAAGACCACUUCUAAUUUAUCAUCUUCCUUCAAUGAAAAUCAGCCUACAAAAGGAUACUUCCAUGGACGAGGUCGUGGAAAAAAUAACAAGGGACAAUAUGGUAGGGGUCGUGGAUACCACAAUUCUUCAUGGUCUGAUUUCCAACAUCAAUCUCGGCCUCCUUCCCCCGCUACUGGUAUUUUGGGUAUACCACCUUCCGCUCUUACUAAACAAUGUCAAAUUUAUUUUUAUUAUAAUCGCACUGCGUUGGAGUGCAUAAACAGGUUCAACCAUUCCUUUGUGGCUAAUAAUAUUCCUAAACCAUUUGCUGCAAUAAAUUUGGAGGAGGUUCAACCAACAGUUUGGUACCCAGACUCUGGGGCAUCUGCGCACAUGACAAAUUAUCCUUCUACUCUUACUUCUCACACUCCCUAUUCUGGUCUUUCUCAAGUCUUGGUUGGAGAUGGUACUCUUCUCUCAAUUAAAUCUACUGGUUCAUCUACCCUUCCAACAACUUUUAAGCCUCUUCUCUUAAAGAAAGUUUUAUAUGUUCCGUCCCUUGCUAAAAAUCUGUUUUCUAUUCAACGCUUAUGUGCUGAUAAUAAUUAUUUUAUUGAAUUUACUAACUCUGAUUUUUUGUCAAGGACUUGA